CCGAAACGGACCGAUCCGAACCCGCCAACACCGCCCGUUUGCAAAUCAAUCUGCAAGUUGCUAGCUUUCACUCAGUGACUACAAAAGCUGAAAUGAGAAAGGAAACGGAGCUAAUCAGCUACUGGGUCAUUUAUGGUCUCCCUUUGGAGAUGAGAAGCAUCACGCUACCACAUUGUUGCUACUCCUCCGCAAACUGUAAGCGCACGACUGUCAUCCUCAUGGGCAAAAGCAAUAAGUCCCCUUCUCCUCCUCCGGAUAAGGGUCCUGAAUCAGCUGCUCCAAGAAUCACAUCCAAUGUCAAGCAGAACUUGCAGUUUUUAAAGUUGUGGAAGGAAUAUCAAAAGAGGAAAUCUAGUGCACCUAAGCCUGCUACUAGUUACAGGAGAAAGAAGAUGCAAAAGGAGGACCUUUCAGAUGAUACAGAACUUUAUCGUGAUCCUACAACAACUCUUUAUUAUACCAACCAGGGUUUAGAUGAUGCAGUCCCUGUCUUGCUCGUUGAUGGUUACAAUGUAUGUGGCUAUUGGAUGAAGCUGAAGAAGCAUUUUAUGAAAGGAAGGCUUGACAUUGCACGCCAAAAACUAAUAGAUGAGCUUGUAAAUUUUAGUAUGCUAAGAGAGGUUAAAGUUGUUGUUGUGUUUGAUGCCAUGAUGUCUGGACUUCCUACACACAAGGAAAAUUUUUCUGGUGUUGAUGUAGUUUACUCAGGAGAAUCUUGUGCUGAUGCAUGGAUUGAAAAGGAGGUUGUAGCCCUGAAGGAGGAUGGAUGCCCCAAAGUUUGGGUUGUGACUUCUGAUCAUUGUCAGCAGCAAGCGGCAUAUGGAGCGGGAGCCUUUAUUUGGAGCUCCAAGGCAUUGGUUUCUGAGAUUAAUGCUUCACAGAAGGAGUUUGAGAGGAUGCUUCAAGAACAAAGAUCUAGUUCAUUUCAAGGUAAAUUGUUAAAGCACAAUCUCAAUUCUGAAGUUGUUGAUGCUCUUAAGGAUCUAAGAAGACAGCUUUCUGAAAAUGAGUCCAAAUAACUAUUCUGGUUUGGUGUGAUGUUAUUGGUUCGAGCCGGAUACUGCAAAAUCAAAAAGGUUUCUAGUGCAGGGGAUGUUCUUCUAUAAACAAAUGCUUCUGGUGACUUAUGAGUGGAAAGCAAGGAGUUAAAUGCAACCGCAGUCCCUAAACUUAUUGUGAGGUCAUUUUGAUUUCCUGAACUUCAAAUUGUACCAAUUUCCUCCUUAACCUUAUUAGAUGGUUUUAUUUUACUUUUUUUGUCAAUUUGCUCCAUUGAAACUAAUGAAAUUGACAUGUAAGCAUUCACGUGACACAUUGUUGCAUAUUUCAAAAUUUUCUAUAAAAGAAAAAUUAAAGAAAAAAAAUGCCACGUGGAUGCUGGCAUGUCAUGCUAUCACGUAAAUUUUGUUAAUUUUAAUGGAGCAAAUGGACGGAGUGGAUUAAAAUAGAUUCAUAUAUUAUAGGGUUGAGGAUCAGACAGAAACAAUUUGAAGUUCUGGGACCAAAAAGAUACCUUAUAAAAAAAACUUGGAGGCUAGUUAUACGAAGUGGGCCACAUCCAACAAAAUAAACAAGGUUGGGCCUCUGCAAGCCCGCCAGGCAAAUAUCAUAACUUUUGAGCCGUUGAGGGUUUAGAAGUCGGACCUAAUUGGUUGGUGAGGCCUGAAUCUGCAUUGGGUUUCGCAUGGACUGCCACUCUCAGAUCACAACAAAAA